UCCUGUAGACAUAAUCAGGGAAUAACUGAGGAGAAGUUAAAUGCAUCAUCAGCAUCCAAAAUAUUUAACUUUCUAAAGCUUUUACGUGGAAAAAGUAGAACUUAUUGUAUAAAACUAUGGCGUAGGAGCACCAAACUACUCCCAAGUUACUGGUCGCAUCAUGGUUGUCCACAAUGAGUUUACCACAGCUGGAAAAGAGCCAGGCCUCAAGAUAUGGCGCAUUGAGCACAUGGACCUCAAGCCCGUUCCAAAGAAUCUCUACGGCAACUUCUACACGGGCGAUGCCUACCUUCUGCUGUACACCACAUCUUUACCAUCCUAUAACAUACACAUGUGGCUAGGUGAAGAGUGUUCUCAGGAUGAAAGCGGAGCAUGUGCCAUUUUGUGCACGCAGCUGGAUAAUUACCUUGGCGGGUAUCCGGUGCAGUACCGUGAGGUCCAGUGCAACGAGUCACUCACCUUCCAGGGCUAUUUUAAGUCUGGGAUUAAGUACCAGAAAGGUGGCAUUGCAUCUGGAUUCCGUCAUGUGGUGACCAAUGAUGCGAAUGUGAAAUACGUGCUGCAUGUGAAGGGUAGAAGGACCAUUCGAGCCACUGAGGUGGAAUUCUCCUGGGCCAGUUUCAACCAGGGAGACUGCUUCAUCAUAGACCUGGGCAAGGACAUUUAUCAGUGGCACGGGAAACAGUGUAACAUGUUCGAGAAGACACAGGCCUUAAACAUGUCCAGAAAGAUCCGUGAUGGUGAGAGGAAUGGUCGGGCCACGGUGCACGUAGUGGAGGAGGGGGAGGAACCACAGGCACUCAUUGAUGCUCUUGGCCCCAAAACUGCCAUCUCCCCACCUAUACCUGAUAGUGAUACGGUGGAGACAGCCAAUAAGAACAAGGCGGCGCUCUACAUGAUAUCCGAUGCCAGUGGCUCUAUGAAGACCGCAUGCGUAGCUCAAUCCAACCCCUUCAAACAGGAGAUGCUUAUACCUGAGGAGUGUUUCAUCCUGGACAAUGGAGUAGAUAACAACGUGUUUGUCUGGAAAGGUCCGAAAGCCAAUGAAGCUGAGCGCAAAGCUGCCAUGACAGCAGCGCAGGAAUUCAUCAAAGAGAAGAACUACUCUAAUAAAACACAGAUCCAGGUGUUGCCAGCAGGGGGCGAAACCACACUUUUCAAGCAGUUCUUCAAGAAUUGGAUGGACAAGGACCAAACUAAGGGUCCAACCAAGCCAUUCACCAUAGGCCGCAUUGCGCAUGUGCAGCAGAUCCCCUUUGAUGCCUCCACUCUGCACUCCAACCAUGCCAUGGCUGCCCAGCACAAGAUGGUGGAUGACGGAUCUGGAAAAAUUCAGAUUUGGCGUGUGGAGGAAGGUGCACGAGUGCCGGUGGAGCCCGCCUCCUACGGUCAGUUCUACGGGGGUGACUGCUACAUCAUCCUGUACACCUACAAACAAGGAAGUCGAGAGCAACACAUCAUCUACACCUGGCAGGGGUUAAAGUGCACGCAGGAUGAGCUGGCUGCUUCAGCCUUCCUCACUGUCCAGCUGGAUGACUCCAUGGGUGGAGAGCCUGUCCAGGUGCGUGUCACCCAGGGCCAGGAGCCACCCCACCUGAUGAGCUUGUUUAAAAAAAAACCCAUGAUCGUACACUUGGGAGGCACUUCCCGGACAGGAGGUCAGACGAAGGCAGGCAGCACCCGUCUUUACCACAUCCGCAGCAGCACAACUCAUGCCACUCGGGCUGUGGAGGUGACUCCUUCUGCAUGCAGCCUCAACUCCAAUGAUGUGUUCGUGUUGAAGACACCCAAUUCCCUGUUUGUGUGGCGGGGCAUCGGUGCCAGCGAGGAGGAAGUGGCUACUUCCAAGCAUGUAGUCACCUUCCUGGGUGGGAGUCCUGUUGAUGUGGUAGAAGGCAAAGAGCCAGCGACAUUCUGGACAGCCCUGGGUGGGAAGAAGGAGUAUCAGUCCUCCAAAAGCCUGCAGAAGAUGAUCAAAGCACCUCGCCUGUUUGGCUGCUCCAAUAAGACCGGACGACUAGUGGUAGAGGAGGUGCCUGGAGACUUUGGCCAGGUCGACCUGGCCACCGACGAUGUCAUGUUGCUGGAUGUUGGGGAUCAGAUCUUCCUUUGGGUUGGUAGCCAAGCCAACGAAGUGGAAAAGACCGGGGCACCAAAAAUAGCUAAGGAGUAUGUGGACACGGACCCGUCUGGUCGUAGUGGGAUACCCAUCACUACCAUUAAACAGGGGGCUGAGCCCCCAAUUUUUACUGGCUGGUUCCAUGCAUGGGAUGUCUGCAUGUGGGAGAAGAGCCCCCUGGAGAAUAUCUAGGCCAAAUAUUAAACCCCAACCCCAAUUUGAAGCCCUACCCCUUUGCUCUUCCUUUUGUGCUUGCACUUUGCAUGAGUGCCGGGUAAACUUCUCUUUUCACCUAUUGCAUCAUUUCGCUGUAACAUAUGGCCAUGUCACAGACAGUCCCUCCAACUCAUGUAAACCAGUAAUGCUGCACUUGUUCUGAUUUUCGAAUGGCCUAGUUUAUCAAAUGAACUGAAGCAUAAAGAUCACUCUAAGUCAGGCGUGCAAGUAUCAUUUUGGCUGCUCUUUCUAGCAAGUCAGUAACGUAAUACUAUUAAUGCAGAAACAGGUUACGGAUAAGCUGCAGUUACUAGGUAGAAGUCUGUUUUUUUUUACUCAUGUACUGAAGUUUAUUCUAUAGUGUAUUACAUUACAGGCUUAAGGCCCAAUUUUGUGCAGCUGGUUCAGCACUACCAGUUGUUGAGAUACUAUUAAGACAACAAGCAUAUGAGAGCACAUGACUGGUCUUAUCAGUGACUUACUUUUUCAUAAAUAUUUUAAGAUGCUAAAACAUAAUUCAGGUUCAUAGAGUGUUGUGAAGUUCCCUAUAUAAUUAUCUAAACCUCAUUUGUCUGCACUUAUUUGAUUGUUUUGCUAGUGCUAAUAGACUCAUCUGCUAGGAUGUGUAUAUGAACCUGUUACUAGGACAAAGCACUCUAUGUGCUGGACCCCUGAGUGUUCUUUGUGUAAGUAUAUGGGAUACGUAUUGUCCAUGUAUUGGAUGGAAGACAUAUUAGUGGUACAUUUUGUAAGGAAAAGUGAAUUGCAGACUUCACUACUGUAUGUCUUUCUUCUGCCUUGAAUAAAUUGCUCGUAUUUUAAAAAAA